AUGGAGGUGGGUGCCCCACAGGCCAUCGGUUCCGUGUCACACCGCACAUCUGUCCUCGUCAACCCCGGACUGAAAACCCUGCCGAGCCCUCUCCUGUUUAAGCCCCAACACCUCCUUGGUGCCCUGGGAGGGCCUUCGAGUGGCCCCGGCUCUCCGUCCUUGUCGCCCAACACCCUGGGUGCCUGUGCUGUCCCUGCACGCUGCGGGCACGCGCUCUGCGGGUCUCUACACUUUGGCACGCACAACUGUAACGUCCCCUUCUCCGCCCGCCGCGAGCGUCUGGGCUUCCGGCAGCGCCCUGUACCUUCCUGCUGCGUUCCUUCGCUGGGCUCCUCCUCCCGGGCUGGAGCUGCUCUCCAGGAGUGCCGGGAAGACAAGGACAGGGUCUCACUCGUUCCUGUAAGCCGGGCGCCUGACACGGCUGCUGCCGAGGGAACGAGUGCCGGCCCCGAGGUGAGGAGCAGAGGGUGCCUUCGUGGAUUCGGGGCCGCGGGGGACCUGAGCGAUCAGCAGCUCCAAGACCCUCCAUGCCGGUGUCCCCUCCUCGGCUCCUCGCCCCAAGAGUGGUUACCAGCUGCGUCCAGACACCCCAGAGCCUCGUCGUCGUGCUUUCAGAUCCUGAGGGAGGGUCCCGAACAACGUCCUGGCAGGAACGGGCCUUCUCUCCUUUCUCUCUGCUCAUCUGGGUGUCAGCCUUGGCCUCCAGCCUGGCCGCUCCCGCCUUCCGCUGCUCGGGGCUCCUGCUCCCUCCCAGCCCCUGUGACUGGGCUGCAACCCACAUCACAGGAAUGCCUCCUCCUGCCCCUUGGGGGCUGGUUUCCUCCUCUCUUUGAAGGCCAGCUUUGUACUCCGCAUUCGCCUACACCCUCUCCGACUUGUGGAAGUGCCCCAAACGUCAGGGCGUGUCCCGCCGGCCCUCCCGCUGGAGGCUGCCGUCCACUCCCAGGCCCGCCCCCUGGGGCUAGUGGUCCCCGAGGAGACAGUGCCCUGGCGUCCAGCGCUCUGCCCGUGAGAAAGGGCUCCUUCUUGACUGGUGACUGGCGCUGCAGGACCUCGGGAAGAAGCUGCACACAGGGGACCCGCAGACGUUCUGAAGGAUUCCUCGGCAGGCAUCUCACUAAGCCCUGCACCUGGUUCUGGAGGAUAUUGGAUCGCAGCCUCUCCCUGCUCAAGACCAACUGACAAAUCCUCGGGAACGG